GAAGAGUAAUUACACAACAAUCAAAUUGAGGAUAGUAUGAUGCGGUCAUGAGAGGAGAUAGCACUCGCGAGGCUCCACACAGGGAGGGAACGAAUAGCUGGCCGCAAAAUUCCCAUCACCAAUAGGGAGUUCCUUCCCAACGCCAACAAUGAAGCGAGCCAGACCCACGCCGCCACCCGCCACCCCCACCACCAGCAGAUCAUCACCAAUACCACCUCUACCAACACCACCACAACCCCGCCACUCCUCCAAAAAACACCAAAAAAUAAUUUUCCAGCCAACAAACUGGGCCCCAGUCAACCUGACCCAGUCAGAACUCUCACUCCCACUCACAUUCCCCACCGGCCAAACCUUCCGUUGGAAACAAACCGGUCCUCUCCAAUACACAGGCAGUCUCGGUCGUCACUUAAUCUCCCUUAAGCACCAUAAAAACGGCGACGUUUAUUACCAAAUCCACCAUUCCCCCUCCCAAUCCGCUGCCAAAUCAGCUCUCCUCAGUUUCCUCAACACCAACAUCUCACUAACCGAAAUGUGGCACGGGUUCGCCGCCGCUGAUUCGCGGUUCGCUGAAUUGGCACAGCAUUUUAAAGGAGCUAGGGUUUUGAGGCAGGAUCCACUUGAGUGCUUGAUUCAAUUUUUAUGCUCUUCGAAUAAUAACAUUUCGAGGAUCACUAAAAUGGUGGAUUUCGUGUCCUCAUUAGGUGAUCAUUUGGGGAAUGUUGAGGGUUUUGAGUUCCACGCGUUUCCUUCCCUGGAGAGAUUGGCUUUGGUUACGGAGCAGCAGCUAAGAGAGGCUGGUUUUGGUUAUAGAGCUAAAUACGUUACUGGAACGGUGAAUGCUUUGCAAUCGAAACCGGAAGGAGGUGUGAAAUGGCUUGAAUCUCUUCGAAAAUUACAACUCCAAAUGGUGAUUGAUUCACUUUGUACAUUACCUGGAAUUGGUUUAAAGGUGGCAUCCUGUAUUGCUCUGUUUUCUCUCGAUCAACAUCAUGCCAUCCCUGUUGAUACGCACGUGUGGCGGAUUGCUACGACACACCUUGUACCUGAGCUUGCUGGUGCUAGCCUGACACCUAAGCUCUGCGGCCGUGUGGCAGAUGCGUUUGUGACUAAGUAUGGGAAAUAUGCUGGAUGGGCUCAGACAUUACUUUUCAUUGCUGAAUUGCCCUCGCAGAAGGCCCUUCUACCAUCAGUGACUGUCAAUGAAAAGAAAUCCUCUAAGAAAAGAGGCAGCAAAGCACAACGUGGCCUAAGCAGCACUGAGGAAGGAGGCCAGCAAGCAGAUUGAACGUCUUCCAGACCAGAAAAUGGUGGAUUACCUUUGAAGCAACAGUUGCUAAAUGCUAAACAUUGAAGGACGAGGGAACUAACCACUGGGUCAGGAGCAUCAUCCUGCUUACACAUCACCCAGGGCACUCCAGUUUGAAGAUUUACGGCCAUCAAUGCAGCCCAACGAACAUAACUAGGCCCUUUCUCAUGAAAAGCUGCUUCAACAUUUUUGUACUCAUUCUCAACCUGUAUGCAGACAGACAGAUAUUAGAGACCAUGAUAACGGCCUUUGCAAUGAUAAAAUGCCUCAAUUUGCUUCGGUGGACUUAA